AUGGUCGAUCUGUUUCAGUGGUUGAAAUUUUAUAGCAUGAGAAGACUCGGUCAGGUUGCUAUAACCUUGGUUCUUUUGAACCUGUUUGUAUUUUUGGGCUACAAGUUCACUCCUAGCACCGUGAUAGGUUCACCCUCCUGGGAACCUGCAGUGGUGCCCACAGUUUUCAAUGAAUCAUAUUUGGAUUCGCUUCAGUUCACGGACAUAAACGUUGAUUCGUUCCUUUCGGAUACUAAUGGUAGAAUUUCCGUGACGUGUGACAGCUUAGCUUAUAAAGGGCUAGUCAAGACUAGUAAGAAGAAGGAACUGGACUGCGAUAUGGCCUAUAUCAGGAGGAAAAUUUUUUCAUCCGAGGAAUACGGAGUACUGGCCGAUUUGGAGGCUCAGGACAUCACAGAGGAACAGAGAAUAAAAAAGCACUGGUUUACCUUCUAUGGAAGUUCUGUCUAUCUUCCCGAACACGAAGUCCACUAUCUUGUUCGUCGUGUUUUGUUCAGCAAGGUGGGAAGAGCAGACACGCCGGUGAUCUCGCUUUUAGUUGCCCAACUUUACGAUAAAGACUGGAAUGAGUUAACGCCUCAUACGCUGGAGAUAGUGAACCCAGCCACAGGCAAUGUCACGCCCCAAACAUUCCCUCAGCUCAUACACGUCCCCAUUGAGUGGAGCGUUGAUGAUAAAUGGAAAGGUACGGAGGAUCCUAGAGUUUUCCUCAAGCCUUCAAAGACAGGCGUAUCAGAACCCAUUGUGCUAUUUAACUUGCAGUCCUCUUUGUGUGACGGUAAGCGUGGAAUGUUUGUGACUUCUCCUUUUCGGUCCGACAAAGUAAAUCUUCUUGAUAUUGAAGAUAAGGAAAGACCAAAUUCAGAAAAGAAUUGGUCCCCAUUUUUCUUGGACGAUGUUGAAGUUUCCAAAUACAGCACUGGAUAUGUGCACUUUGUGUACUCUUUCAAUCCUUUGAAAGUUAUAAAAUGCAGCUUGGACACAGGAGCCUGUCGUAUGAUCUACGAAAGUCCAGAGGAAGGCCGUUUUGGCUCAGAGUUGCGAGGUGCCACACCUAUGGUGAAACUACCUGUUCACCUUUCGCUUCCUAAAGGUAAGGAGGUCUGGGUUGCUUUCCCCAGAACUAGACUACGAGACUGUGGAUGUUCAAGAACAACCUAUCGACCAGUAUUGACGCUUUUUGUCAAGGAGGGCAAUAAAUUCUACACAGAAUUGAUUUCCAGUUCCAUUGACUUUCACAUUGACGUAUUAUCAUACGAUGCAAAGGGAGAGUCAUGUUCUGGAUCGAUUUCAGUGUUGAUCCCCAAUGGUAUUGACAGCUGGGAUGUAAGCAAGAAGCAAGGAGGAAAGUCUGAUAUCUUGACUCUGACCUUGAGUGAGGCAGACAGAAACACGGUGGUUGUUCAUGUAAAGGGAUUGUUAGAUUACUUGCUAGUGCUAAACGGUGAGGGACCUAUACAUGAUAGUCACUCUUUCAAGAAUGUGCUGUCUACAAAUCAUUUUAAAAGUGACACCACUCUGUUGAACUCAGUCAAGGCUGCUGAAUGUGCUAUUUUUUCGAGUAGGGACUACUGCAAGAAGUACGGGGAGACCCGUGGUGAGCCUGCCAGAUAUGCAAAACAGAUGGAGAAUGAAAGGAAGGAAAAGGAGAAAAAAGAGAAAGAAGCCAAGGAGAAGCUGGAAGCUGAGAAAGCUGAAAUGGAAGAAGCUGUAAGAAAGGCACAGGAAGCCAUUGCACAGAAGGAGAGAGAAAAAGAGGAAGCCGAACAGGAGAAGAAAGCACAGCAGGAAGCAAAGGAGAAGGAAGCAGAGGAAAAAGCGGCAAAGGAAAAGGAAGCAAAGGAGAAUGAAGCAAAGAAGAAGAUAAUAGUGGAGAAACUUGCAAAGGAGCAGGAGGAGGCUGAAAAGUUAGAGGCAAAGAAGAAACUGUAUCAAUUGCAGGAAGAAGAAAGAAGUUAA